UUCAAUUCUCAGCUCAAACGUAUCCUCUCCUUUCCUCUCCCAUCCGUAGGGUUUCCCUCCAUCUCCUUCCACUCCUCGCCGGAAAAUCUUCCCUGAAAAAUACUAUCCCGGCAGUUUACUCCACAGCUUCAUCAAUAUUGUGCACUUUGGCUCCUGCUUUUUCUGCCGAGCCUUCUUUACCAUUAUUUGACCGUUGAAACCAUAUCCAUCAAGUUGUUCCGAGUUUAGGGUUCUUCAAUUUUGAAAUCUUAGUUGUAAGUUUUUUCUUUUGGAUAUUGAUUGCUAUAGAGUUCAGAUGCCGAUGAGUCAAGGAGGAGGAUCAUCAUCGAGGAGAAGCAUAUCGUUGACGAGCUCUUCUUCACUCGUUAAGAAGAAAGCAGCAGCGGAUAAUGGAGGAGGACAACCGGAUUCUGCUCACCGGAAAUCGAUUUCUGUUUCUCGUUCCGUGGGACUGACUGGAGAGCGCACAGUGAAGAGACUGCGGCUGUCAAAAGCCCUAACAAUACCUGAUACUACAAGUAUUUAUGAAGCUUGCCGCAAGAUGGCUGCUCGCAGAGUUGAUGCUUUGUUGUUGACUGAUUCAAAUGCAUUACUAAGUGGUAUCCUGACCGAUAAGGAUAUAGCAACAAGGGUUAUUGCUCCAGAAGUUAAUAUACAGGAAACACCAGUUUCAAAGAUUAUGACGAAAAAUCCUCUUUUUGUGCUUUCUGACACUCUUGCUGUGGAAGCUUUGCAGAAGAUGGUGCUAGGAAAAUUUAGACAUUUGCCAGUUGUAGAUAAUGGAGAGGUUAUUGCUUUGCUGGAUAUUGCAAAGUGCCUUUAUGAUGCGAUUGCUCGCCUCGAAAGGGCAGCUGAGAAAGGAAAGGCCAUUGCAGCUGCUGUUGAGGGAGUUGAAAAACACUGGGGGCCAUCUGCAAGUUCCAAUACAUUUAUAGAAGCACUUCGGGAGAGAAUGUUCAGGCCUUCACUCUCUUCCAUCAUUUCUGAAAAUUCAAAGAUUGUUACAGUUGAACCAAAUGAUACUGUUUUAGCCACAGCCAAAAAGAUGCUCGAAUGUCGAACAAGCUCUGCAAUCAUAACAGUUGACAACAAACCACGAGGGAUUUUAACUUCAAAGGACUUAUUGAUGCGAGUCAUAGCACAAGAUCUUUCCCCUGAAUCCACUCUCGUCGAGAGGGUAAUGACCCCCAAUCCAGAAUGUGCUUCAAUAGAUAUGCCUAUUGUUGAUGCUUUACAUACAAUGCAUGACGGGAAAUUUUUACACCUUCCUGUUGUUGAUAAAGAUGGAACUGUUGUUUCUGUUCUUGAUGUGCUUCAUAUCACUCAUGCAGCUGUAGCCACGGUGGGGAACUCUGCUGGAGUAAAUAAUGAAGCUGCAAACUCGAUGAUGCAAAGAUUUUGGGAUUCCGCUAUGGCAUUGACUCCAGAUGAUGAUGAUGAGACACGGAGUGAGAAUUCUUUGAAAUUGGCUUCUGAAGGGACAGAAACAGGAAGAUCUAUUCCCUAUCUUUCAUCUAGCCAGCCAAAUAGUUUUUCAUUCAAGAUUAAAGACAAAAAGGGGAGGAUGCACAGAUUCAACUGUGAUAUUCAGAACAUGACAGAUCUAAUAGCUGCAAUAAUUCAGAGAGUGGGGGAUGACAUUGACCGAAACAAUCUUCCUCAGAUUCUGUAUGAAGAUGAGGAUCAUGACAAGGUUGUACUGGCAUCAGAUGUUGAUCUUACAGCAGCUGUUGACCAUGCAAGAUCUUCAGGUUGGAAGGGGCUAAAAUUGCACUUAGACUAUUCAGGAACAACAGGCGGUAGUUUGGAUUAUGCUCAUACUGAAUCUGCAUGGGCCUCAGCCUACAGCACUGUAGCAGCUGGUGCUGCAUUAGUUGCGGGUUUAGGCGUAUUAGCAUUCUUAAGGAGAUCCGGUAACUAAUUACUUGAAAGAAAUUCAACUCUUGAUAGACGAGGAAUGGGAGUAGCACAUUGAUUCAUAUGAGCCAGUGUUUUAAAAGACUCUGUUGGAACUCGCCUCUGGGAUUGCCUUGGGAAGGGUAUGAGAUUUAGUUCUGUAAGACUUACGUCUGAAGCGCUCGACUUUAUGUCUAAAGCACGUCCAAUGCUCAGGGCUCGCUGAACAGAUCUUACACAAAUUAUGUGUUAAAAUCUUUAGUUAAUAUUGUU